UCAGAAACAUCUCUUCCUGCACAUGUUUUGUGGAAGGAAGCCCGUGUGGGCAAAUCUGGAGUUCCUCAAGAAGAAGUUUUACACGUAUACCAGAAAUGUGAGGAGCUAUCUCAGUCUUUAUCUCCCGAUGAUACUAAGGGCAUACUUAGUCGGGCAUUAGAUGUCCUUGAGUAUUCUGGUCGGGUGAGGGGUAAGGGAUUUGGAGUCACUCCGACCUCCCUGAGUAUUAAAAAAGGAAAGGCUCCUAGUAAUCGGGAGCUUCAUGCAAGAUUGGAAGCCAUGCAAGCUGAGCUUGAUGCAUUGAGGAGAGAAAGAGAGGCUAGCGCCUCAACAGUAUACAGAGAUGCUUCGGACAAAGACAGUAUCAACUGUACCUUUCAGCCGAACAUUCCAGAGGGCAUUUCCCAUUGUCAGCUGUAUUUGUCGUCACCAUACUAUCGGAUGGUUGGCAAGGGAAAAGUGCAUAACGUUAGCGGAGUAUUACUCCACACUAGAGAGCUCCCUGCUGGAUGUUUGAAGGUAUCAGUUGAUAUUGCAGUUGAGCCGAAUGCAGCAUUACCAUAUCCUAACGAUGAUUCGGAUGCAACAACGGUGCACGAAGCAGUAGGUUCGUUUGUUGCAUGGCCGACAAACCUCAUAUGCGUAGGAUAUGAGACUCCCACAAAAUCCAAAUCAAAAGAUAAUGCGAUUCCACGGCAUACCGAGUCCACGGUUUCAAGAAAAGAGGUAAUAUACAAUUAUAUGACAUAUAUUCAUGGAAGUUGUUACAUUCUUAAUUUGAUCUAACUAUUUAUAUGACAUGUAGCUUCAAGAAAAUGAGGUUAGCAA